UACCGUCCCUUUCUUCAACUGGAGUUGUAUGCGGGGCCCACCUGUGUUUCGCUACCUUCUCCAUCUCCGGCUCCAACCACACGGCGGGUGCAAAACGGGUAGUUCAAAAACGAGUAGAAGUAGUUUGUCUAGUACACGGGAACCCCUUCCGGCUUCCUCAUCCUGUCAUCUUCCUCCCCGCCUUUCUUCCCUCCCAUCUGUUCGUCGACGAUUCCUCCCGUGUGGGAAUUCGAUUUUGCAUCCCUCGUCUUCUGCUAGGGUUCCCACUUUUGUUCCGUGCACGGAAAGAGAAAGCUUUUGAUAAGAUCUCCAUGAAUCGGUAGUUUAUUUCGAGGAAGCUUGUUGUUGAUUCUCGUUAGAUAUUUUGCGUCAUGAUCAGUCGUUUCGCUAGAUUCUUCAGUUUCCCAAACGUUGCUUUUGAGAAGCAUGGAAUCUUCUCGCUGGACAUAGUAGUUUUGCCGGUGAAGUUGGAUUGUUCAUGGAGGAGUAUGCUGAUAACUACGACAGUGAGGACAUUUCUUGUUAAGCCACAGGAACAGGAGCAGAAUUUGAUUUGUUUGCUUGUCCUCUGAGAGUGAGGAAGCAUGAGCCAUCUUUGUGAUUUUUGUGGGGAGCAAAGAUCUGUCAUCUAUUGCAGGUCCGAUGCUGCUGCUUUGUGCUUGUCAUGUGACCGCAUUGUUCAUUCUGCAAAUGCACUUUCUCGACGCCAUUCGCGCACUCUUUUGUGUGACAGUUGCAGCACACAACCUGCUUUUGUUAGGUGCAUUGAGGAAAGUGUUUCACUCUGCCAAAAUUGUGAUUGGAAUAAGGAUGGUGGAUCAGCAGUUGCCAAAGGACAUAAAAGAGAGACAAUAAAUUGCUACAUAGGUUGCCCGUCUGCAGCUGAGCUUUCGAGAAUGUGGCCAUUUUUUAAGGAGUUUCCUCCUAUAGAGGAUGCUGAUUGUGAACAGGGAUUGGGCUUGAUGACCAUCGAUGAGAACAGUGUUACUAAUUGUUGGGGACAUCCGGAAAACAGCAUUUCUGGUGCAGGCAAGCUGAAUAAUCCAGGAGCUUUUGAUAAGUUUGAUUCCUUGAUUGGAUCAUCUUCGAGGCCUGCAAUAUGUUUGAUGCCCUGUACUGCUGAUCUGGUAGCUGGUUCAGUAGAUUCAACUACACCUAAGUUAUCUUGUCCUGGGACAAAUGAUUCUGAAUUAUGCAAAGAUGGUCUCUGUGAUGAUUUUAAUUUGGAUGAUGUGGAUUUGACUUUUCAAAACUAUGAAGAACUUUUUGGUUUAUCUCAUAACCAAACAGGGCAUCUUUUUGAUGAUCACGGGAUAGAUGUGAUUUUUGAUCCAUGGGACACUUGUGCUGCCAAUUCGAACUGCCAGGAUGAAUUUGUUGGAGAGGCAUCUUCUGAGGGGCAGGUUAAGCCUUUGCCAACAACAUGUAGCAAUGCAGUCUCUGCUGAUUCUGUGAUGUCAAAUCCAGGACAAAAUGUGGAUUCAAGUAUGUUUUUUCCAGCACGACAAGCCCACUCCUGUCUAUCCUUUUCCUUUUCUGGUUUGACUGGUGAAAGCAGUGCCCGGGAUUAUCAAGAUUGUGGUGUGUCAUCAAUGCUUCUUAUGGGUGAGCCUCCAGUGUUCCCAGCUGGACCUGAGAGUUCCAUGUUGCCUACAGCCAGCAGGGAUAGCGCUGUGAUGCGCUAUAAAGAAAAGAAGAAAACACGCAAGUAAGU